AUGAUUCCUUUCAAUGUUCUGAUACCUUCUACCUCCGCUACCUCCGCUACCCCAAUAUCUCCAUCCUUCCUCAAUGGAGCAAAACGUCUCACUCCCUUCAUAUCUCCUCCAGCUGCAGCUAAUGAUCGUGUUGUCAUACUGAAGGUCCUCUUACAGCGAAUACCAGUACCUAUACUCAAAGAGCUUGUGAGAGAUGCAAACUUAAGUACUGAAGAGAAGUGA